UGACGUCACCAGGCUGACUCCCUUCCUGCUGCAUCACAGCAGCCUUGAGCAGCUCGAGUAGUACUUGUGACCGGGGAGCCGGGAUAUCCACCACUAAAAAUUCAUUGACAGAACAGCACCGUCUGACGUCGCAGCGUUAACAACAUCCUAACGCGGGGGCAAACCGGUUGCAGUGCGAUAACACCCCUCCAGCUGUUGGGAUAUGGCCAGGCCGGAACAGGUUCUUCUCUUGGAGCCUCAGCACGAACUGAAAUUCAGAGGUCCGUUUUUGGACGUGGUCACCACAAAUCUUAAGCUGUCCAACCCUACAGACCGGAAUGUGUGUUUUAAGGUGAAGACAACGGCGCCGCGCCGGUAUUGUGUGCGGCCAAACAGUGGAAUCAUUGAUGCAGGCACCUCGAUCAACGUUUCUGUUAUGCUGCAGCCUUUUGAUUACGAUCCAAAUGAAAAGAGCAAACACAAGUUUAUGGUCCAGUCCAUGCUAGCACCUCCUGACAUGACCGACAUGGAAGGAGUGUGGAAGGAGGCAAAGUCAGAGGAGCUGAUGGACUCCAAGCUGAGGUGUGUCUUUGAGAUGCCAGUGGAGAACGAGAAAACGCAUGACAUGGAGUCCAACAAGAUUUCAUCCAGCUUGCUGAAGUCAGAUCCCUCUGUGCUGUCUGCGAAGUCACUGAGCUCCACCCUGGAUGACGGGGAAGUAAAAAAGAUCAUGGAGGAGUGCAAGAGGCUGCAGAUGGAGGCUCAGAGGCUACGGGAAGAAAACAAACAAAUUAGAGAGGAUGACGGGCUCCGGAUGAGGAAGAGUAACAUCAUGUCGUCCCAGCAUGCCUCAGCCACCAUGAAGCGGGAGGAAGGGAUAAGCGCCCGCUCGGUGGCCUUCAUCAUGCUCUUCUUUGUGGUCGGCGUCAUCGUGGGCAAGUUGGUGUUGUAGAGCGCGGCAGUCUGGUCGUUUGCAGCAUGCUUUCGGUGGAAACACAAACACGGGAUGUGGGAUUUUGGAUCAGAAUGCCAUAUCUGCUGGGUGGGGGUGGGGGUGGUUCCAGUUUUGAUUCAGUCCCAUUUAAGUAAAAAGAAAUCAAAUGAUAAUCUAUGAGAGAAAAACCAAGACUCAUCAUCUUAUGAACUAAACAUAAAACAAACCUGUUGCAGGUCCCGCCUCUGUGUAAUCAUAUUUAUCUUUCUUGCCUUCCUCCCUAAGCUUUAGGGACCCUGAUGAAUUGUUUUUGAGGGUUUUGGGACCGUUAAAACACAGUUUAAUUUGAGAUAUUCUCAUUGAUGCAUUUUCUAACACGGGCGAGGUAGUGAUGGUGCAGCUGUGCAAAUGACCUUUUUAUUAUACUGAUUUCUUUUUUCUAAAUGACACACUACAGAACACACAAUGGCCCUACUGUACAAUAUGUCCCUGGUUUUCUCUCUGGGAAACCCCGUUUGAAGAAGGGAUUGACCACAGAGAUGAUCCAAACAGCCACGGUUACACACACACAGGGCAGUCACACCUUUUCCCCAGUCGAAGGCUUUGUUAGAUCUCGUCUUUGAUGGGUGUAUCAAACACUACUGUUUUUUCCUGGCGUCUUUUAUUUUAUUUUGUUUGGUUCCUCCCUCCCAUCACCCAUCCCUCAGAGCUCACCACAUCCCUGCCUGUCAGAGAGGGAUGCUUGCAUGCGUUCACACGAGUGUUGCAUCGGAACAAUUGAAUAUAAUUUAAUUUCUUUUUUUUUAAUGGUGACAAGUCAUUUGACUGUAGGUUUGCACAAGUAAAUUGCUAUAUUUUCUUCUUUUGUGUUUUGUCGCAGUUUUAUAAUAAUAAUAAUUAUUAUUAUUAUCAUCAUUAUUGUUAAUUUUUGUAAGAAAAUGAAGGGUUUUAAAUAUUUUUCUGCAACCUGACGUGAGGGUUUAGGUGUAAAGUCAGAUGAAAGCCUUGCCUUGGGACCUGUUGGGGCAAGUUAUUCUCAGGCCAGGAUGGAGAUACACUUACAGUACAUUAGCAUACACAAUGAGCCGAGGGUUCAUGGAGAUCGAAUGGCUCUGUUUCCCCGGCAACAUCCGCAUCAUCCAGGUCUUGUUACAGUGUCCUAACCAAGAACCACGGCUCUAUAUUCAACUUGUUUCUCAUAGAGAACCAUACAUUCUGUCUCUUUGUGGCAAAUGUAUGUGAGAAAUCAUUUGAAUGUGUUAAGCUGCCUUUACACCGUCCCCCACUGCUGGUCAGCUUUCCGUCUUCACACUACUCACAACCUGUGUAAUGUUUGGGUGUUUGUUUAGAUUUUAUUUGUUGUUGAUGCUUUUUGAACAUUUUUGAUGCACUUAGGUUAAAAAUGUCAGAUCUUCCAGUUGUCUUGUCUUUUUUUGUUGUUGUUGUUACUCGUCUGAAUAAAUGGCAAGAACUGAGUGAAGCGUUGUUUAAACUUUAACGGGACCACAUGAUGACACUGUAACUUUACCACAACAUCCAAAAAAUCCACACAUCAUUUCAUCUUCAAAUUUGCAUAUUGAGGGGUGUUCCUCUGCUUUUCUUUAGUUAUGGAGAAACAAGCAGCUGGUAAUAUUUUCAUCCUGCUAUAUUCAACGCUGAAAAAAGAAAUAGAAAAUAAACAUGAGUGCGUGUUUCUACUGUAUCUCUGUGAAGUUUUUGGGUGAGGAUGACUUGCUGCUUGGAGGAAGGGCAGAGCGGGCUCGAGCUACGGUCCAGCGUCGGGUUGUCAGACCUGGCUUGUAUGGUUCUUGCAAGGAAGUUGUUCUUGUUCAGCGUUUCCUGCAUGGAGAAUCCAAACAUUUUUACACGGAGAUCACACUUUUAAACACCAGGAUGAUUCACAUAUGUGAUCAGAUGUUUAUCUUUGCCUGUGAUAUGGUAAAGUCCAUCGGGUUGGGACUCCAGUAAAGAUAACAUGCAAGGACAACUCGAGCCUGUCCUGGUUAUAAGAUGUACCACACAGACCUGUCCUGGACUAAGACCAUCACCGUGAUCAAUGUCAGCAGUCAACAAACUGUUUUGUAUGUAUAUAAAUAAAUAAGUCUAAAUGAGAAGAUGAUUAAUAUUCCUAGUUAGGUAGUCUGGUGUAAAAUUAGAAAAACUCAACAACCUGGUUGGACUAUGUAGCAUCUUAAUAAAUUAAAUGAAUAAAGCUCCCUCCUAA